AUGGUAAGCGAAAGGGGGAUAGAUGCCAAUCCGGACAAAGUUAAAGCCAUCAGUGACCUCCCGGAGCCAAAGAGCAUCCGGGACAUUCAAAAGCUGACAGGGAGGAUGGCGGCCCUAACAAGGUUCGUUUCCAAAUCAGCAGAGAAGGCCUUGCCGUUUUUCAAGAUUCUCCGGGGAAAUAAGAAGUUUGAAUGGGGAGAAGAGCAGAAGCAAGCCUUCGAAAAGGUAAAGGAGCACUUCCAACGGCUGCCCACCAUAACCCGGCCAGAGUUGGGGGAGAAACUACAGCUAUAUGUGUCAGUAACCGAGAAGACGGUCGCGGCGGUAUUACUGGUAAACCGGGAAGGACAGCAAAGCCCCAUAUACUUCGUCAGUCACGUACUUGCCGGAGCGGAGCAGAGGUAUGAACUGCUGGAAAAAAUGGCCUAUGCCGUCUUGAUUGCAGCAAGAAAGCUGAGACCAUACUUUGACUCCCACACUGUCCAGGUCCUCACAAAUCAGCCUUUGGAAAAAGCCCUCCACAAACUAGACACCUCAGGGAGGCUAUUGAAGUGGGCAAUCGAGUUGUCGGAAUUCGACAUAGAAUACCGGCCGCGUACCGCGAUCAAAGCCCAAGCUUUGGCAGACUUCAUAGUAGAGACAACUUACUCUGAACCCGCAGAAUCCGCCGGCAGGUGGAAAGUGGAGGUGGAUGGAUCAGCAGCCCAGAGUGGAGCCGGAGCCGGAGUGGUCAUGACAUCUCCGGAAGGGGAAAUCUUUGAACAUGCCAUCCGCUUCGGGUUUAAGGCCUCCAACAAUGAAGCUGAAUACGAAGCAGCCCUGGCCGGACUAAGUCUGAGCAUUGCGGCUGGAGCAAGAAACGUGAUCAUGAUAACGGACUCACAGUUAAUCUCAAGCCAAAUUGAGGGAACAUAUGAGGCCCGGGAACCGGUAAUGCAGAAAUAUCUACAACUGGUAAAGAACAUGGUAAAGGGACUGCAAAACUUCGAGGUGCAAUUGGUCCCAAGAACGGAGAACAUGGCGGCAGACGCCUUAUCAAAACUGGCAAGCUCCAGUCUAAGCGACAAGAAAAGGAGUGUCAGGGUGGAGACGUUGGUAGAAAGAAGUAUCGAAGUCAUCCCGGCAUCCGUUAACACAAUCGCCACCGAACCAGAAUGGUACGAGGGUAUACUGGCAUAUAAGCUAACAGGAGAACUCCCGGAAGAUAAGAUGGCGGCACAAAAGAUGAGAAGGGAUUCUGUCUGGUAUUGCAUCUUUCAAGGACAGUUGUACAAGAAGGGGUUCUCCCUACCUUUACUAAGGUGCGUCACGGCCUACGAAGCGACGAAAAUAAUUGAGGAAAUUCAUGAAGGGAUAUGCGGGAACCAUAUCGGUGGAAAAACGUUAGCACUAAAAGCGCUACGAGCAGGAUUUUACUGGCCUACAAUGCUGACGGACGCCCAAACCUACGUAAAAAAGUGCGACAAGUGUCAAAGGUUCGCGCCAGUGAUCAACCAGCCAGCAAAUGAUCUCCAGCCGAUUUUAAAUCCAAUCCCUUUCGCACAGUGGGGGAUGGACAUUAUAGGGCCCUUUACGCCGGCAUCAGGGGGAAGAAAAUUUCUGAUAGUGGGUAUUGACUACUUCACGAAAUGGAUAGAGGCAGAGCCAACGGCAAAAAUAACGGCUAAUCAGGUAAAGAAGUUCAUCUGGCAGAACAUCAUCACUAGGUUUGGCAUCCCAAUGGGAAUAGUAAUGGAUCAUGGCGUCCAAUUCGAUUGCGGCCCGAUACGCGACUUCUUGCGUCCUUACAGCAUCAAGUUUGCUUACUCUUCAGUCUGCCACCCACAAAGCAACGGUCAAGCGGAAGCCGCUAACAAGCAAAUCCUCAAUGCUCUGAAGAAAAGGUUGGAUGAACUGAAGGGGGCAUGGGCCGACAUGGUACCGGCAGUACUGUGGUCCAACAGGACCACCGAAAAGGAGGCCACCGGAGAGACACCGUUCAGACUAGCUUUCGGGGCAGAGGCGGUACUCCCGGUGGAAGUAGGGCUACCCAACUGGCGGAUUCUGAACUAUGAACCCGUUUUGAACGAGCAGAUACAUAAGGAGGACUUAGACCUCUUACAAGAGAUCAGAUUGGCUGCAGAGCUGAAGUCGGCAGCAUACAAAGACCGGAUAAGUAAAGCCUACAAUAAAAGAGUAGAAGCCGUCCGAUCUCCAAAGGAGACCUCGUCCUCCGGAGGACGGCAGCAACAGGAAAAGCCCACGUGGACGGAAAGCUUACGGCCAAUUGGGAAGGACCUUACUUGGUCAAAGAAGAGAUAG